AUGGCACCCGUAGCCUCGGUCGAGGUCAGUCCGCAGUAUCCCAAGUCACGCACGAGUCUUGAGCUCACCUGCUCCCUUCUGUCCACCACGCGAUCGCAUCUCCCCACCAAACUGCUCCCGGCUGGCUCGGUUCGAUCAUCGCUGCUCUCUCUCUGCUCAUUGCUCAGGUCGGCCCUCCUGCCCAGAAGGGCGAAGGUCGAGCGAGGAGGUACUACAAGUCUGCCGAUGCGCUCGUACAGGCACCGGAGAGUAUCAGGUGUCUUUCCGAUAUGUGAGUACGCGGCAGGUACUCUGCCCUAUCGGAGCGGUCGAUCAGGUUUAGGCCUGCGCGCCACAUGUGGUUCCCUGCGCUUCGGAGCCUCGGCCUCGGGCACGCACGCAUACACCAUCGAAGGCCGGCGCAGGAGACCUUCCUGACUUUUUCCGGCGGGUGAGAUUGCUGACGACCCUCAACAUACGACUCCACCAGUAUCAAUCAUGCUGCAGAAAAGUACCCCAAUGACCAGGCGAUGGGAUGGCGUGACACGAUCGACAUGAUCAACGAGGAGAAGGAAGUCAAGAAGACGGUGAGAGCUUGCUCCGUUGAGAAAUUCUUCGAUGAACGUUCGUCGCAGUCCUAACGUCGCAAUCUUUUACCGUAGGUCGGAGGCAAAGAAGUGACCGAGAAAAAGACGUGGAGCUACUGGCACCUUUCCGACUACAAAUGGUGGACCUACUCGGAGCUCGCAGAGUACAUCAAGUACGCCGGACAAGCGCUCGUGCACACCGGCCACUCCAAGGACACCAUCUUCAACAUCUACAGCGGCACGAGUCGAAGGUGGCAAGUCAUGGCGAAUGGUGCGUUGACCCGAUUCUUCCGUGUUCGAUCUGAACGGAGCAGCUGAUGAGUAAUCUUGCCGGUUCUAGCUUGCGCAUCUCAAAGCAUCACCUUUGCGACAGCGUACGACUCUUUGGGAGAGGAGGGUGUGAGUCGAGCUCUUGACUGAGAACGUUCCGGUCUACGCUCUCCUUAGCUGACAGAUUACCGACUUGACCGACAGCUUGCCCAUUCCAUCACCCAACCCGAGGUGUACGGCAUUUUCACCAACGCCAACUUGCUCGACACGAUCGCCAAGGUCGUUUCCCAGACCCCUUCACUCAAGGUCGUGAUCUACGACGGCGAGGACAAGGACGUCAAGAAGGGGGCUGUCGAGACCCUGGAAAAAGCCGGGCUCAAGGUCCACAAGUUUGACGACUUUAUCGAAAUGGGCAAGAAGAACCCUUGGUAAGCCCACCUCAGACCGGUGGUCUGCAUUCUCGGGCCUACAGCUGAAUCUUCGCCGUCUCCAUCAUCUCGCAGCGACUUCAACCCCGGAAAGGGAGACGAUAUCGCGUGCAUCAUGUACACAUCUGGAUCGACGGGUGCCCCCAAGGGUGUGCAGAUCACCCACACCAACAUCAUCGCCUGCAUCGGCGCUGUGGAAGUCUUGCUGCCCCACGUCAUCAAGCACGGUGAAACCUACAUUGGGUAUCUCCCCUUGGCGCACAUCAUGGAGCUGGCAGUCGAGCUCAGUCUGUUCGCCGUCGGUGCUCGAGUCGGGUAUGCCACCGUCAAGACGCUCACGGAUGCGUCGGUGCGCAAUUGCGCCGGUGACAUCCGAACGCUACAACCCACGAUCAUGGUCGGCGUCCCCGCGGUAUGGGAAUUGAUCAGGAAGGGUAUCGUAGCCAAGGUCAAUGGCUCGGGGAUGAUCAAGUCGAACCUAUUCUGGGCCGCUGUGGCACUCAAGAAGGCUGCCGGAAUUGGUAGUUUCCUCGGUUCGAUCGCCGAUGCGGUUGUAUUCAAGGCCGUGGCGGCAGGGACUGGUGGAAAGCUUAAAUACGCGAUGAGUGGUGGAGCACCCAUUUCCAAGGAGACGCAAGAGUUCUUGUCGAUUGCUUUGGUGUUGAUGAUCCAAGGUAGGCUUGACUUCUUCACGUGUGGACGCGAAUCUCAGUCUGCUAAAAUCUGACCUAUCUCGCAGGCUACGGCAUGACCGAAUCUACGGCCAUGGCUGCGCUUCUGCCUCCUGAACUUCACCGCUACGGCACCGUGGGUGUGCCCGUGCCUUCGGUCGAGAUCAAGUUGGUCGACGUCGAAGAGGCGGGUUACUCGGCGACGAACGACCCUCCCCAGGGUGAGAUCUGCGUCCGAGGGCCCUCGAUCACAAAGGGCUACUACAAGAACGAGGAGGAGACGAAGAGGACGAUCGACGAGGACGGCUGGAUGCACACCGGUGACAUUGGCCAAUGGAACCCGGACGGCACGUUGUCGCUCAUCGACCGAAAGAAGAACUUGGUCAAGCUUUCGGGAGGUGAAUACAUUGCGCUCGAACGGCUCGAGUCGAUCUACAAGAGCUCGCAGUACGUAUCCAACAUCGUCGUAUACGGUGAUGCGAACGCGAGUCGACCCAUGGCGAUCAUUUAUGGUCACGAGGCGAACCUCAAGGCUCUCGUCAAGCAACAGGGCAUUGACGUAGAGGAUGAUUUCACCGCGAUCGCUCACAACGAACAAGUCAAGAAGGCCGUGUUGAAUGACCUGGUCACCGUUGGCAAGAAGGCCGGGCUGAAGCAACUCGAGUUGUUGUCGACGAUCGUGCUCGACUCAAUGGAGUGGACGGCGCAGAAUGGUAUGCUUACGGCUGCGCAGAAGCUGCAACGCAAGCCCAUCAUCGAGCACUACAAGAAGGAAAUUGAUGUGAGUUCUGUCGACUGGUGCCCAUGA